GGCUCGAGCUCCGGCCGCAGAACUUUUUGCUUGCAGGCCUCGGCUCCGCAGUGGGGGAGGGCCGCUCCGACGGCGGCCAUGGUGGACGCGCUGAAGCAGAUGCAGCGCUCGGAUCCCGUUGCCAAAGAGCAGUGGCAUGCCUACUGCGAGGCGUACGGCAACGGCAUCCGCGACCCGAACAGGCACGACCUGACCUUCAUCCAGAGUUUCGUCACGCAGUUCCAGGCCGGUGCCCGGCUCGAGUCGAACGAAGGAAAGGAGUUGGUGCAGGACGUACAUCAAGGCGGGCAAGAGGAAGUCCCAGGCGUGGAAGCAGCUCUGGGAGAUGUACGCCAACACGAAAAUGGUAGACGGCAAGCCCAAGCACGACCCGGCGCAGCACACCCCGGACUUCUUGGAGGGCUUCUUCGACUUCGUGGGCAGCAUGGCUGUGGGCGGCGGCGGGGGCAUGGCCAUGGGCGGCAUGGGCGGCAUGGGCGGCAUGGGCGGCAUGGGCGGCAUGGGCGGCAUGUCCAGCAGCAUGGGCGGCAUGGGCGGCAUGGGCGGCAUGGGCGGCAUGGGCGGUAUGGGCGGUGGCGGAUUCAAGAACAACCCCCUGAGCGGCUUGGCCCCGGGCAUGGGCCCCUCUGCAGGGAGCCCGACCGUGCAGAGGAUCAAAGCCUACCAGAGGAUGGGCCAAGCGCAGAAGGACGCCUGGCACACGUUCUGCGACACCACCCUGGGCGGCAACCGCGACCCCGCCCGCCACGACGGGGAGACCUGACGCUGCAGCAAUUCCUCAUGAUGCACGGGAGCUCGUAAGCUGUUGGGCCAUCACAGGAUCAGCACGAGCGGUCCUGAGGGGACGGGGGUGCGGUGUGCAGACGCCGCUUGAGACGCGCGGAGGCGGCUAUGGCGGCUGGCCACUUGCUACCAUCGUAGAGAAAUUGGCCGUAAAUGCCGAAGCCGUCGGCGCCGCGCGUGCUAUAUAUGUAGGCGUGCCUUUUCGAGGAUGCCUGGCAGUCUCACGAUUUUGGGUGCCUUCCUAUGCCUUGCUGCCCUGAAGACCGUUCAGUGCAUGCUUGACCACCAGUUGUGCUGCCGUGUGGCGCAGGUCACUCUGCCGGUCGCUGGAUCAAA